AAAUAUUUUCGUCCUUCUAAUGUUGUACGGUUGUAUUCUACUUGAUCCCAUCCAAAAGCCAAUUGAUUUGGGGGUGAUAAUUAAAGAAGGAAAAAAGAAAAGAAAAAGAGGGAGUUGAACAAACAAAACUGAAAAUGGCGCUACUAUUGAACUCACCACAUACCAAGGGACCUCAUCUUCUUCUCCAGUACUCCCACACCUACCCGCAUCCCCUCAGAAAUUUGUCCAUCAAAUUCCAGGACACUUCUUCUUCUGAUGAUAGUAAAUCUAGAGAGGACACCCCAUCAUCAUCAUCAUCAUCUACGGUGACCAAGAAGGCCACCAGCUCCAGCUCGAGUUCCUUAGGUUUUGGCUCAUCUGUUUCGACAUCGAAGAAGAAACAACAAAAGGGGAAAAGAGAGAGGGACACAAUUAUUCGACGAGAACCCAUUCAGAAGCCCAGUUUUGCUACCCAACCAGCGGUGGAAUCGAAGGAAUUUCAGAAAAAUGAGAGUGCUUUUCUUCUUGCUUGGUUAGGACUUGGCGGAAUUAUCCUUGUAGAGGGUAUUCUCCUUGCUGCCUCUGGUUUUUUACCCGAUGCAUGGGACAAUUUUUUUGUGAAGUAUCUGUAUCCAUCCUUUACUCCGACGGUCUUCCUGUUCGUGGCUGGUACAGUUGCCUAUGGAGUGUUGAAGUACCUGCAGAAUGAGAAAUUUAAUAGUGAAAACUGAUUUUUAAAUGUUAUAUCAAGUAUUUAGGUAACUUUUAGUUAGUUUGUUGAGUCUUGUAAACUACAAAUGUGAAACUCUGACGAUGUAAUUCCACGAACACUUCUGAAAGUGGAUUGUGCCACAGGCAGUGUGAUAUCAUAUACGUAUUCUCGUUCACACGGAAA